AUGAACGACUUCAGCGAGGAAUACGAUUUUAUGCAAAGAAUCCAUAAAGUCGAUGGACACGGCAAGAAUGACUACGGAUUGAAGGAGUCGAAUAAGAAGAAAGACGACGAAGGACAUUUUGGCAGGGAGAAAUUGGAAAAAGAUUUUUAUUUAAAAAGUAAGUAUGACAAAUACAGUAGCACGCUUAGCGGUUUCGAGAAGGAUGAUAAAUUUUUAUACAUGAACAGAUUAAAAAAUGAAAACGAGAAGGAUAUGAAGAAGCGAGAGGCCACUUCCAACCGCAGUAGCAUUAACGAGCUAGCCAAGGUUAACGAAGUUGUCUAUUACAUUCACGCAAACAAAAAGAAUGUGUAUGAAUAUAUAACUAAUCAAACCGAUUUAGAGAACACGUAUUAUCAGAUAGAAGAGAAGCCGCGUAACAUAUCAGGCAAUUUGGUGAAAGAAAAUGAAGAGUACGUAUACUUAAACGAUCAUGCCUAUUACAAAUUUAAGAUAAAGAAUGAUGAGAAGCAGGAUGAGGAAGGGGAGAAAGGCAUCGGGGGAGAGAAUCCAAAAAUAAAGUACACGUUAGACGGAAAUAAGAAUGUCAUAAUGGAGACUAUGAUUGAGUCGGACAAUAUGUUGAUACACUUGUGUAACACUUUUUUUACCUUUAAGGAUUGGGUGAAAAGUAUCUUCAUGUUUUUAAGUAAAAUUUUUCACUUUAACUUUUUGGACUACACGUACGUAAAGAAAUACUCAUUGACAAAUUAUUUCGAUAGGAAUGUGACGGACUAUAUGAAAUAUUUAAAGAAGAACGAAGACUUAAGAUUAAUCAAUCAUGAUUUUCUUGCAAGGAGAAAAUACAUUGCUCCGUAUUUUGUGUACAAUUGCGUUGACUGCAAUUAUAAUACGAAUGACAACGGGAUUAUCAUUUUGUCUUCGAUUCUUCCAUUCAUUCAUAGAUUCGACUAUGAUUACAAAUUGAGGCAAAUAAGAACAAAAGAGGAGGAGUUAGAUGAGAUACUGAAUAGUGAGAAGGGGAGAAAAGGAGGUGGUGAUGCAAGAGUGGGCGUUGCAGGAGUGGGUAGUCGAUUCCUAGAUUCGAUGAGACGAGUUAGGAAUUUCUUUUUUGGCAAUUUAUUUGAAGAGGGUUAUUCUGCAAACAAUGGGGGUGGUGGGUAUGGAGACGGAGCAACUGCCAUCAGCAACAACACAAGUGAGUACACGGAGUUUUUAAAAAAGUUCGAAAAUAGCAUAAACGAAGAGGGGGAAUUAAUUCAAGACAUCCUAUUCUCGGGAAAGGCACAAAUGAUAUUUAUUAAUUUUAAGCAGAUAGAAAACAAUUUUAACAAUGUCAUCGGUAAUGUAGAAAUAAAAAACGAGAGAGUACAAGUGAGCAAUUUAAUUCUGGGUUACGAAAAAAGGGAGCAUAUAAAAUACACAGAUAUAUUAAUUUCGAACAUUUUAAAAAAUAUCAAAAAGAAGUAUCCUGAUAUGGUUAUCAAUGAUGAAAAUCCGAGGCAGUUCAUUUAUGAAGAAAACGAAUGUUCAGAAAAGUUUGCUCGAGAGGGUGAGCAAACUUUUCAUCGUGAUUACUCCCCUUUGAGCAAUAAAGACGAUGCGGCGACCAUGUCCGAUAGUGUAGACAUGCAUAGGAAGAAAGAACACUACAUGUUGUCCGAUUUGAAAGAGUAUGUAUACAAUUCGCCUUCCCAUUUGAUCAAAGACAAAAGGAACAACUGCGAGUAUGUGACGUGUGUGUGCUUUGACAAUAACUCGAAUAACUGUAAUUUGAUUAAUAACUUUGUUCUGGGGUACAACACUGGAAAAGUGGAAUACAUUUACGGGAAAAUCAUCUACAGCAAUAUUAGUCAUUGCGAUUUGUUGAUAGAUUAUUACUCGAAGAAGAAUAGGAAAUUUUCGUACGAACUGAGCAAGAGGAUUUUUCUAAACGGCGCGGUGAUAAAAGUUGCAUUCGCUCCUAACGGUUUUUUUUGUCUAGUGUUAACAAGUAAAACGAUUUACAUUUGCAAUUUUUUUUACUUCUCCAUUUAUGAGAUUCCGAAUAUUUGUUUUAACUCCCAGUUUGUGAACUUUCUGUGGAUAAAUAAUAAUUGCUACUCCGUUUUCACCGAUAAUGGGAAUGUGUACUUGUACGAGAAGAGUCUAAAGAAUGAUGGGCUGAACAGUUUUUCUCUUGUCAAGACGUUUUGCGUGGAGCAGGCCAUUUAUUUGAACUCCAUUUGUGAGUAUCAUUUGUAUAGCAACUGCAUAUACCUAUACACGGGCGAAAUAGAGAAAAGGAGGAAGAGGAAAAAUGGAAGUCAUCAUUUGUUCAAGAAGAAGAAAAAGAAGAGGAAUAAACAUAUGAGUGACUACUUUUACAAAUACGACUGCAAUUUUGUUAUCAUCGAUUUGAAUGCAGAUGUGUGGAGCGGUGCAGGAAGCGGUGGAGAAGGAGGGAUGAGCGUAGGCGGAAGUGAAGAUACCUUGGUCGGCGGUGUGAACCUACUGAAGGAUAACAUGUCCGACGUAGAAAACAAUAUGAAGCAAAUAAAAAUACUGGAAAGACUGAUAGAAAACGGAAACAAUUUGGAUGAUGAAGAUGUGAACCUUGAGAAUAUGUUGCACAUUAAUAUAAAAGAUUUUAACAACUACAUUUCUACCAUCAAGGAUGGGAAUAAUAGCCACUUCUAUUCUGGUGAAAGUGGAGAGGAAGCCCACAGGAGGGGGAGAGACAACUCCAGGGGGGAAUUCUCCAUGAAGAAACUCUUCAUAAAUUACAUAAAAGAUGUGAAAAAGCACUUGUACAAUUUGAAGGAUGAAAAUAUUAUUAAUGUUUUAUUGCCCAGGUAUUACAGCGCAGCGGAUGAUUAUAGUCACCGGAAUUUUCUGAACAUCCGAUUUUUUACCAUUGAAAAGUCGGAUAAUAAACACCUGAUAGCCUUGGAUACUGAGACGGAUUACGUGUACAUUUACAAGAUAAGGAAGAAUGUGUACCUAGACGAUGAGGCGUUGGAAAUGUUAAAGAAUAAUCCGUAUAGCGCCAACAGGAACCCCCUACACAUGUUCUACGCGAAUUACUUGAAGAGGGAGUCCUCCCUAAAGGAGGAGUGGAAAAUAUAUAAUGAUUAUAUUUAUGUCAAUACGAAGAAGAUGAAGAAAUACAUCAAAUAUAACUUGCUUUACAUAAUUAAGAAUCACAAAAAAAUGUUUUUUCCCCUGCAUGUGUACGUAAUAAACACCAAGUUUAAUGAGACGGAAUAUUUCUUAUUCAUUAAAUGGGCUACUAUCAAGAACAAAUUUAUAUACGCUUCGUACAGUUCUCUUAACAGAGUGACCAAGAUGAAGGAAUACUUCCGGAAGGACGACGAGAAGCUACUCAAGGUGUUGGAAAAUCCAAAGAACAUUUUUCUAUACAACAUUAAUGAUAACAGCGGUGAUUUGCCUUACUUUCCUAGAGUGAAUGGCUUUGGUCAUCCCCACCCCCUGGGGCCGAGGGGCAAAUUCAUGGGCAAGGAACACCUGGGGGAGAAUCUAAGCCAUGCGAAUGGGGCGAUUGGGAUGAAUAGCCAUUUGCUGCACCAUAAUAAGGGCAGAAUGCAUGAGUAUAGGGACCACUUAGGAAACCCGGUGAAAGGAUUCAACCACUACAUGGGCGAUAAUGAGGACUAUUUGAAUAAGACCCCUGUGAAAAAUGUAGGCAGAAGUUUUUACACCUCCCCCAUUGACCACAUGAAUGGGAAUUUGCCCUACCAAUUUAAGGGAGGCCCCAAGUAUAGCGACAACGACAUGUACACGGAUUAUUAUAUUAACAGCUCGGUUAAGGUUCCUGAUUACACAAACUUCCCAAACUACGGUGACUACCUAAAUGAGAGCAGCAAAAAGCAGAACGAAUCCGACAAGAAGUGGUCUUACUUGAAGAAAAUAAAUAUUUUUAACAAAAAGGACGACAAUGUAAAUGACAGCAGUUAUGUGAACACGAGGCAUACGUACAGUCAUCAUGCGGAUGCGAAACAUAUGCAGCAGGCUACAAGUGGUCGUAUGUUCAACUUAGAUAAUGAUGAUCCCAUUUUAGGCGAUCUGAAGAACCCCAAUUUUUAUGCUUCCCCUGAACGGUUCAGGUAUAACAGAUUACAAGACCCAGCUGACAGCUCCAAAUUAAUGAGUGACGACCACGCGAAUAUGAACGACUUUUACUACACGCAUAAUUCCAAUAGGUACCACUCCAACGCAAUUGGCGGUGGUAGAUACGACCCAUAUGUCUUAAAAAACGAUAUGUAUAAUUACCGAAAUGUGAAUAUGGAUUUAAACAGCAAUAGCACUACGCAUAAUACGAACGCGCAUGGUGACAUGUAUCGAGGACCUAACGAUGGAAGUCACUUCGCCAGGGACCUGGAAAACAGCAAGUCGCCGAUCGGAAAACCGGGGAAUUUAUACACCAACAGGGAUGUCAACGAUGUGAAUCCCAUGUACAGUGACAAAGAGUACAGAAAUAGGUAUAAGAACUUCAGUUCGAACGAUAGCUAUUCUGGAAAUACGCGCAAGUAUAUGUGA